UACGGUUUGCCUACGGUACCCCUAAUUGUUCACACAGCCACACUAUUACGUCACGUGGCAACCUUGGUAGUACUGCGCUUGUUCUUCUUCAAGCUCAAGGUCUCUAUCGAAGACGACAACCGACUACGCAAACGAUUUUCUCACAAACCAUCAUUAUUAUUGUCAAACACACUCGGCCCUAACAAGCGGAGCACUAUAAAUUGGCAUGUUAUUCUACCUUUCUCUUCUCGCAGUCCUGGCAUCACUGGUGAUGGUCGGCUACCGCUACCGUGCAACUCUCCCUACCAGAGUUAAGGCUUUCUUCCCAAGCCUCAACCACUACACGCCGCUUGCCUCUUUUUCUGAUCAGGCACGUGCAGGGCUGAGCUCUCCGAUGUUCGACAUUGAGUCAGCCAAUAUCGCUGAGGGAGAUUCACGAGCGGGACUGGACGAACAGGGAACGCAGGAGGUGCUGGACAUCAUGCGUGCCCAACGAGUCAAUUUCGACCAAGCAAGAUUGAUUCGUCACAACCAAAUCCUUGCUCGUAACGGGAUCGAUCCUUCAGGCAUGCCACUUGAUUCAAAGGCUGUUACAAGGCUGUGAUUGAUUUCUCUUUGGCUACUUUCAUAUGUGUUUCACGCUAUCAGUACUAUCAUCGAACCCACCUAUUUCGCUCCUUCGUCUUCUCACACUUGGCACGGACCUUAUUGGAUUUAUAUCAUAUACUCUUGUGUACUUAUCACACUGCAUGAAAAAUGCUGUGGUUUUCACGGUUACUUCCCUCGCUCAGUCUCGGAUAUCUUCAUCUUGAACUUCGAUGGGAAGUCAAGGACAUAAGUAUCACAACAAUAUAACGUAUCCUGCGGGCAGGGUUGGUA